UGAAUACAAGUGGUGAAAGUUACAUACCCUUUGCCCACCAGCGUCCUUUUCCACACUAUUCAUGAAGAAAUCUCGUCUUUUUCAUUAUUCACGCCAUAUAUAAACACCCCAGGAAGCCUCCAAAAAAAAGUAUACAAGGCCUUAGGCUUGAGGAAAUUGCAAUUUGCAAUCUGAAAAAGAGGGUGUGAGUUUAGCUUUAGAACUGUAGAAUAUGGAGCAAAAGAAGAUCAGCAGCUGCUACGAAAACAACAACAACAACGCAGAUAUAAGAGAUGAGGAUGGAUAUAAAGGUGUUCCAAUUCAUAGCCAAGUUAUAAAGAUAAAGCAAGAGUUUGAGAAGAUCAAGCAACCAUCACUGCAGCAGCCAGAUAUGAGAAGGGUGCUCCGGGAGAUCACCAGGCAACGGUCCCGGUCCCCUCUGGGAUUAGCUGAAAGACCCAUAUCAGUUGGGAAUUCAUAGAAACUCGUGGCAGUAUGGCACAUGAUAUGUAAAAGAGAAGAAAGAGAAAAGAUAUCCUUCUAUGGAGAAAAUCUUUCUCUUUCUUUGCUUUUUCUUCCCUAUUCAUAAUAAAUUUUCUCCUGUUAAUAACUAAUAGAACACCUUGUAUGGAUUAAACCUCCCUCUGUUUCCUUCCCCAGUUUCUCAGAAAAUUAAAUUCUCCGACCA